UGGGGAGUGCAGCACUGGGACUGCUGGGAGCCACAGCCACGUCCAGCCAUGACAUCCUGGACAGGGGCCUGAGGCCUGGACGUCACCUGGAGGACGACGACAUCGUGCCUGAACUGGCUCACAUCCAUCCCAGAGAGAGACCUGACUGGGAGGAGACCAUCAGUGCAAUGGCGAGGAGCGCCGAGAUCCCCGAGCUGAGGACGGAGCCCCUCAUGCGCUCCUGCAGCAGCAGCACCGCCAGCAUGAAGGUCAAGAAUGUCAAGAAACUUUGCUUCACCAAGGGCCACUUCCCCAAACUGGCAGAGUGCGCUCACUUCCACUACGAAAACGUGGACUUUGGUACAAUUCAGUUGUCCCUGGGGGAUGAACAGUGUGAAGUGACCCGGAAUGGCUAUGAGUCUAAGGAGCUGGUGUACUUAGUUCAUAUUUACUGCCAGGGUCGGAGCUGGAUUGUGAAGCGUAGCUAUGAGGAUUUCCGUGUCCUGGACAAACACCUGCACCUCUGCAUCUACGACCGACGCUUCUCACAGCUGCCUGAGCUGCCUCGAUUGGACAGUCUGACCGAUCAGUCAGAGUCCGUUUCCCAGAUGUUGUUGGCUUACCUCUCCCGGCUCUCAGCUAUCGCUGACAACAAGAUCAACUGUGGGCCCGCCCUCACAUGGAUGGAGGUUGACAAUAAAGGGAAUCAUCUGCUGGUCCACGAAGAGUCGUCCAUCAACGUGCCGGCUAUCGCUGCUGCCCACGUCAUCAAGCGCUACAUCGCCCAGGCCUCAGACGAGCUGUCCUUCGAGGUCGGCGACAUCGUGUCAGUGAUUGACAUGCCCCCUAAAGAAGACACCACGUGGUGGAGGGGAAAGCAUGGCUUCCAGGUUGGCUUCUUUCCCAGCGAGUGUGUGGAGCUCAUAAAUGAUAAAGUGCCGCAGUCCAUGACCAACUCUGUGCCAAAGCCAGCCUCCCCCUGCUCUGGCCUGCAGCCUGCUUCUUGGAGUCUCUUCCCCCCAUACUUGGAGAUGGAGAGUGUAAUACAGGACAGUGCAUGGGUGGCCGACCCGCUAAACCACUACAGCCUAAGUUCAGUGUCUAAGAAGCACGGGAAGCUGAUCACCUUCUUGCGCUCCUUCAUGAAGUCCAGGCCCACCAAGCAGAAGCUGAAGCAGCGGGGCAUCCUCCGGGAGAGGGUGUUUGGCUGCGACCUGGGAGAGCACCUCCUCAACUCAGGACAUGAUGUGCCCCAGGUUCUCAAGAGCUGCACCGAGUUCAUCGAGAAGCACGGCGUGGUGGACGGCAUCUACCGCCUCUCUGGAAUCGCCUCAAACAUCCAGAAGCUGCGGCACGAGUUUGACUCGGAGCAGAUCCCUGACCUGACCAAAGAUGUUUACAUCCAGGACAUCCACUGUGUCGGCUCGCUGUGCAAGCUCUACUUCAGAGAGCUGCCCAACCCCCUGCUCACCUACCAGCUCUACGAGAAAUUCUCUGAGGCUGUAUCAGCAGCGACGGACGAAGAGCGACUCAUCAAAAUCCAUGAUGUCAUCCAGCAGCUUCCUCCGCCGCAUUACAGGACUCUGGAGUUCCUCAUGAGACACCUCUCCCGCCUGGCAGCGUUCAGCUACAUCACCAACAUGCACAGUAAGAACCUGGCCAUCGUCUGGGCGCCCAACCUGCUGAGAUCGAAGCAGAUCGAGUCUGCGUGCUUCAGCGGCACGGCGGCCUUCAUGGAAGUCCGCAUCCAGUCGGUCGUGGUGGAGUUUAUUCUGAACCAUGUGGAUGUGCUCUUCAGCACUAAACUGAGCUCACUAAUUAGAGAAGGAGCAGGUCACAACUCCUUGUCAAGGCCCAAGUCCCUGCUGGUUUCAUCACCCUCUACCAAACUCCUGAGUCUGGAGGAGGCUCAGGCCAGGACUCAGGCUCAGAUCAACUCUCCAGUCACUGAAGACAGCAAAUACAUCGAGGUGGGCGAGGGUCCAGCUGCCCUGCAGGGCAAGUUCCACACUGUCAUCGAGUUCCCCACCGAGAGGAAGAGGCCUCCUAUUAAAUCCAAGAAGUCUCCUGUGGGUAGUUGGCGCUCUUUCUUCAACUUGGGAAAGUCUUCCUCUAUGUCCAAACGCAAGCUGCACCGUAACCCCAGUGAGCCCAACGAGCUGAAGGCUAUGGCUCUGGCCGGAGGCAGAGGAGACACGGCAACAUUAAGGUCGGCCAAAAGUGAAGAGUCACUGAGUUCCCUGCACAAUGUUGAAGGGGAGUCCAAGGUGUACCGUCCUCGGCGGCCGCGCUCCAGCAGCGAUGCUCUGUCAGCCUCCUUUAACGGGGAGCUGCUGGACAGCCGGCAGCACUGCAACUCCUACGAUAACCUGGACGCCACAGAGGACAGCGAUGGAGACGACGGGCCCAUCUGUGUGCCUGCCCUCAUCUCACCUCCCCGCUCAGCAGGUGAAGAUGUGGACCUCAGCCCGCCAGACAUUGGCAUGGCCUCCUUGGAUUUUGACCCCAUGUCUUUCCAGUGCAGCCUCCCAGACACCUCCUACGCCUUCCCCUUAGAUGACUCACCGUCCGGGGCAGAGGGCUCCACGUUAAAGAGGAGCCCUGGCAGCGUCUGUGGCAAGACCAAUGGCUCUGACCUCAUCUCUGCCUCCUUCCUGGGCAGCUUAGCUUCGCCCUUGUUGUCCACAGACUUCAGCCUGGCUGCUGGAGAGAAAGCAGAAAGCAAGAAACUGACCACUUCUUAUUCCUACACUGAUAAACCUACACAGGCUGUGUCACCUAUUAAAUGUGGAAAGUCCACCAGUUUGACACCUUUUGCCACUUCAGAGCUUUUCUCCACUAAGACGCUUGACAAGAACACAGCCGGACAGGUUGUCUCUCCGCAGCCAUUAUCUCCUCCGUUGAUACCCAAGGACUCUCCUCCCCUGAUGGGCAGCGUGCUGCUGAGGGCAGCCGAGCCGUCGCUUAGUGAAGCUUUUCAGAUGGAACUGCACUCUAAGCUGGCAGCCUUCGACAGCGUGGACAGUCGAGAGCUAAAGGGAGACGACAGCGUGCAGCAGGCCCCGGCUGCCAGCAGUCAAGAGCACCAAGGAGUCGUAGCUCCGGACUCUUCAAAGGACCUCACCCCUCGUUCCCUCAGCUCUACAGCUCCCACCUCUGCCCCUCCUCCUCCACCUCCUAAAAAUGCUGCCCGCAUGUUGGCCCUGGCCCUCGCUGAGUCUGCCCAGCAGGUCUCUAUUCAGUCUCAGUCCAGGUCCUCUGAGCCUCCCACGCCGGUGUCCCCUCUGCAGCCACAGGAGGCCUGUAGCUUCCAGGACUUUCCAUAUCCAGUGGUCCCACAUUUCCAGGCUUCCCCAGAGGAAGGAGCAGACAGAGGAGGUUCCCCACCACCAAGCAGCACCUCUAUGACUGUCAUCACAGCCUCAUCUUAUCCCUCUGCUUCCAGUCCCCCUGUCACACAGCAACCACGAGAACUAACCAGCACAAUUACCAAGCCAUCCGACAGUGCCAAGCCCUCUGCAGCUCCAGCUGGUGCGCAGCCAGAAACAGACUCCGCCUCACCAGACACUCCACUUUACAAGUGUGCCCCCCUCUCCAGUUCAACCAGCUUGACUUCUCCAACCAGGAAAAGUCCAGAAAGGCAGCAGACUGUCACAGGACCAGCCGCAGUUCACACCAGCUCAUCCAGUACCACUCCAGCCACCACCCCCAGUGGCAGCUGCAAAGACACUGGACUCUUCCCACAGCCUGAGGUCAAACCAGAAGAGACCGCACCUCCCCCAGUCCUUCCAAAACCAUCAGAACAGCCACCUCCAACAGCUCAGAAGCCCAAAAAGCCUGCCGUCUCACUGCCCCAAAACCAAACACAAGCUCAGCAGCAGAGCCAAGUCCACAUACAGCCUCAUCUUCCAACUCAGCCUCCGUCUCAGGCACAGCCUCAUCCUGCGGCACAAACUCACAUGCAGUCCCAGACACAAAUUCAGCCCCAGUCCCAGCUGUCCAAGGCCAGCGCCAGAGUGGCGCCCACCUCCGCUGAGCCUGUAGAGAAGCCUUGGGAGGCCAUAAAGCCAGUACAGCCCUGUACAGAGUCUGCAAAAUAUCAUGACUCCUAUGGACCCACACCUCCAGCGCCUCCUGUCCGCACCAUCGAGAGCAAACUGGCCACAGCAGCACUCAGCCAAAGUGAAGCCUCCUUCCACGUCCUGGCUGAAGGCCCUCCACCCAGCCAUCUGGAAGACGCUGUGCCUCACCAUCCUCUUUCACCUCGUAAAUCUUCCACACACCAGCCAGCCUACCUGUACCAUGCUAAAGGAGAACAGCCUGUCUUAAUUGAACCUCCAGGAGCUGCUUACUACCACCAGAGGCCUGUUCCUGUGGGCCCACAGUCCAUGCCACACCACUACCGACCAGACAGCGUCCCUCCACACUCCUACGUGUCCAAGUCUGAGCCUCAGAUACCUUACAGUGCCCGAGUAGAUAACCGAUACAGCACUUUAGGCCCCAGGUCAUACCACUACUCCAUGAAGUCCAGAGGAAACCCCCGGAGUGUCUACGUAUCUCCGGGACCAGGGCAUCAGGGUUACAACCAUGACAGAACCCACGGCUAUCCCACCAUCCGCAGAGUGCAUUCACUCCACGUUCCUUCCACUAUUCGCUCAGUGCCCAUCCAAAGGACUGAAGUUCCACCAGAUGAUGACAUGUUCUUCUACCACCGGCCUGUGUAUCAGUGCAAAGCCUACCAGCAGCCCCAGCAGCAGUCCUCGCAGGCCGACUACCACGUCACCCAGCUGCAGCCUUACUUUGAGAACGGGCGGGUCCAGUAUCGCUACAGUCCAUACUCUGGUUCAAGUCCUCUGGAGGCCCCUUACUAUGACAUUGACCCUUACGGCACUAUAAGGGUCCGGCAUUUCCACACCUACGGCAGCCGAGAGCCCGGAGCCGCUGCUGGGCGACCGGGUGGAAAGGCGACUGGGUACCACUACCUCGCUCGCCACGUUCUCCCGCCUGGUAAGGAGCACAGCUUUGUGAGCCGGGACAUGCCCCCUGGUCACGGGGCCAAGGAAGCUGCUGCUUACCUUGCCUGGGACCCAGAGGAGUCAGAAAGGCUUCGCAUGCACUCCAUCCGCAGGGAAAGCAGGGCCAGACUGAAGAUUAAAGGCCCUGUCCUGUCGCAGUACGACAACGUGGGCUUGUUCACACCAGCAGAUAUAUCAGGCUAUGAAACCCUGCACCUGCGCAGUAAAUCUGACCCAGGUAAAGCUGUGCUGGUCGCGACUGAGAGCAAAGACGGCCGCUACCUCCCCAGACACAUGGUGUCCGAUCCUGACGUCCUCAUGUACAUGGAGACUGAAAAGCAUGUCGGCGCAGUGGGCGACAAGUCAGACGGGCUCUCCAAGCAGAGCGGCUCCAAGAAAUGCCAAUCAUCUCACUCCCUUCCUGCUACUCUGAGCCACAGCCUCUCCCAUCAGCAGGAGAGCGGCCGUCACGAGGCCAAGUACGAGACUGGAGACGACAAGCUGGGAGGAGACAGCGGCAGGUCGAAACACUGGCAGCAGGAGUAUUCCAGCAAGAGGAACUUCCAACCACGUUACGAGUGCCCUGAUUCUGACCACCACCAGAGUAAAGUAAAAACAUCAAGCGGCUACCACAGUACAGACGACCAGCCGUCGGCUCCCAGGGAGCAGCUCCCUCGCUCCAAGCCGGAGCGAUCACACAGCGUUCGAGAGCAGCAGCACUACAGCCAGGGCAAAGCAGACCUGGACAGAGACUACUCAUAUCAGAAACACGGCACUAAAACGGUGCAGUCCCACUACGAUAACUUGGACGAUUACCACCCAGUACCUCAGCCUCAGGCCCCUGUUCAAAAACGUGGAGGCUCCAGCACCUACCCAGCCCCAGGAUUCACAGUGAGCCACAACAACAGAGCGUACUCCACAGCACUGGGCCAGGGAGCCUUCAUCCAGACUGAGCUGGCCAUGCAGAGGCCAGAGACAGAGAUACGUACAGAAUGAAGCAUUUAGUGGAAAUUCUCUUUAGCUGUGUAGAAGAAAGACUCUAGCGAUGGUUGAGCAGCCUCUGCAGGACAGUGGACUGUUGUAUCACCAAUAUUUUUGCUUCUCUGUAUUUUUAAUGAAUUGUAAAGAAUAUUGUAAGACUUUUUACAGAAAGUCCUGAAUGUACCUGAUAUUAUUGUCCAUGAGGUCAUGUUCUUGUGAUUGAUUGAGGCAGUAACCAGUCAUAAAUGUAUACGACAUGAAAGACGUGAGGUACUUUUAACAGGAACCACAAAAAUGUAAAAUAUAUAUACUAUAUAUAUAUAUAUAUACUAUAUAUAUAUAUAUACGGAUAGAAUGACUAGUAAAAAGGGAUUUUUAGUUGUAUUUGGUUUUUCUGUUUGUUUUUUUAGGUGUGGCGCUGGGUAUGAGCAUCAACUGGGACUAAGGUUUGCAUUUUAGAAAUGCAUGCAUUCUCUAUCUCUUACAGAACAGUUCUGUGUACUUCUCUAUCCGUUGCGUUCUUUCUGGAUGUUACAGCACAAGUAAUGAAAGGAGGACACACGUAGGUCACCACACGCUGAUACGUACACAAGCCGGCGGUGCAGUGUGUCCACGCUGAGGAGUUCGGCAGAGCGCGAGGGUGGAUGAGGGUCUGCGAUGGGUUCUUUUGAGUUCAUGUAGUGGUUAUCAAUGUCUUAUUUUCUCUGUGACUGUGCCAUUUUUAUGUAACUUUGCUAUAAACAGAUUUCAAUGACUUCUAAUGGAAUGUUUUGGUACUUGUCAGUUCUUCAUUAGAAGAGGGACCAAACGACUUGGCACAGUUCUUGCACAUAUGGGAUAAAGUCGGAAAGGUGGACGAAUGCCUGUUGUAGCUUCAGAAGUGUAGGAGGUUAUUUUUAUUUCCUUUCUUUCAUCACGUUCGUGGUACUUUGGUAAACUGGACUAACUGAAUAAAGCUGAAGGCAGUGUCCUCUCGAACAGCGUGGUGAAGAACACGUCGCCGCUGCUUCGUGGAAAUCUCUGUGAUGAGCCUUAACUUGUGUUCCUACAGGCCCUUUUUUCUGUCAUUGUCAAGUCCAUUGUCAUAAUGCACAAACAUUGCGAUGUCUAGGUUUAAGAUCACUUCUGAUGAUUCUUGACAGUUCAGGGUUGACAGGUUAUUUAGUUUCGUAUCACCUCACCGGUUCUGAAUUUAAAACGACGAGGGAGGGACAUGUUUUUUUAGGGGGCCAUUUUUUCAGGCUGGAAAUUAAUGUAUAGUACAUUCAUCUGGUAUUAUACGACACACCCGUCUGGGUUAGCAUAAUGGAUGGAUUACAAUAUGUUUCAAAUAUGUCUAAAUCCAGGUUGUACUCUGUAACUGUUUGACUUCUAUAUCGCUUGCAGGUUUUGCUCCUCUUGCCUUAUCUAAACCUCUACCUGUUCAGAUGGGGCGUUGAAGUAAGGCACUGUGUACUUGAAUGUGAAAACACUCUUGUCUCAAACUAGAGGUAUCUAAAGUCAGAUAUAAAAUAAAUAAAACUGUUCAGGAAUAGCUAGAAUCCAUGGCUUUUACUAUGUGGAUAUGCAUGAUGUUUGUAACACACCUCACAGCUCGCUGAGAGGGAACAGCGUUAAACAUUGACAUCAGAACCUACUGAAGGGGUUUCAGUCAGCUGAGAAGGACGUUUCUAUGUAUUUUUUGUCCUCUGAAUCAAAGAUCUUAUCCUAAGUUUAUCCUAAACCAUUACUGACAUCACAGUAGAGUGGUGUGAUCCCAAAGUGCUGCUCUGAGAAAAUAAAGUGCUUAAACCUAAA